UUAGGAUCGGUCCGAGGGUCGUCUUAUCUCCGCGAACACGUAAAAUUUACUGAAAUUCACAAUGGCGCUUAUGCUUCUUGCGGAUCGCGAAGCUCGGCGGGCAAUAAGGCGAGAAAGGUUAUUCCGAGACAGGAGAAAUCCAAUAGACAGUCUCAAUGACGAGGAAAUCCUCACGAGAUAUAGAUUCACGAGACAUGGGGUAUUCCAAGUUCUAGAAAGGGUUGCAGAUGAAUUGGAGUCCGACACCCGGAGGAGCAAUGCAAUAUCGCCACUGAUGCAACUGCUCACUACCCUGCGGUUCUUCGGUACCGGUGCCUUCUACACCGUUGAAGGUGAUCUCCAUGAUGUCAGCGUCCCGUCCGUCUGUCGCAUCGUUCACCGGGUUGCCAACUCCCUCGCAAGAUUGACCGAUCGCCACAUACGAUUUCCUGUCGACAUACAAGAUGUGAUGAAGACCAAGCAAGGGUUUUUCGACAAGGCAGGCUUUCCCGGGGUAGUUGGUGCGAUAGACUGCACCCACGUACGACUGUACGGAGCACCACUCGGUGAUGACGAGCCUCUGUAUGUAAACAGAAAAGGUUAUCACAGCAUUAAUGUUCAAGCUGUGUGCAAUGCGUCAUUUAAGAUGACGAAUGUCGCCGCACGAUGGCCAGGCAGCACCCACGACAGUGCGGUUUUGCACGGGAGCCUUCUCGGAGAAAUGUUCGAGAAUGGAAGACUCCAAGGAACGCUGAUAGGCGAUACCGGCUACGCCCUACGACCGUGGCUGAUGACACCUGUCGCUGAACCGACAACAAACGCCGAGAGACGCUACAACAGGAGCCACAGAAGAACAAGAGUGACAAUUGAACAGGUUUUCGGUCAACUGAAACGCAAAUUUCCCUGUUUGUCACUCGGGCUCCGUGUCGCCCCCCGUAGAGCCUGUCAGAUCAUCAAGGCCUGUUGUGUGCUGCAUAACAUUGCCAAAGAAUUGAGGGAGCCGGAGAUAGAGGGAGAGCUGAGAGAGGAUGAGGGAAACGAUGACAUACCCUAUGAUGGGCACAUCCAAGAUGGUACGAUACAGAGGAACAGAAUAAUUAAUGCAUACUUUUGAAUACUUUUUAUCAAUCCCACUUGUUGUUUUACAAUUUAUCAAUCCCUCUAUGUUGCAUAAAUAUUUACAGGUUGUUGUUUCCAGUACCAAUGAACCCUUAUGUUUUUCCAAUCCAUUCUAAUACAGAGUUCCAGUAGAGUAAAUCCAUUUUAUUGAUGUCACCAAGUAGCAAUCAAUUGAAACUGAAAACAGAACCAUCCAACAUAUAAUUUGACUGUAAGAUUUGUUCAUUUAUCUUGGUAUUUUGGUAACCUAUUUUAUGUAUUAAAAUUUCAGCAAUCCUACUCACAAUGUUUACAGGCACUGAAAAUGCUUGUGAAUAAAUUUUUACACAUUAGAGAUGUCGAGUUAAUUUUGCACGUUUUUCAAGCCUAUAAUUAGUUUCUUCAAAAUAUCUUCAUGCAACACAAUAGGAUUGAAUGGAUUUAUUUCUUUAACUACUUGACAAUUUCUUCAUAAGUUUCAGUUUAAUGAUUCUUUAGACCUAAAUAAUUAUAGGGCUCAUGCAAUGUAACUUGUUUUUAUGCAAUCCUUCAAAAUGCACAUUUGUAUCCCCUUAAACCUUAUAUUUAACUUUUGUUUGCCAUUUCUAAGGGCAUUUUGGUGCCUUUUGAUUUUGAGGCUCAUACAAAUUGCCACAUAAAAGCAAAAGUAUAAUGUCAUUUCAGGCAGAGACCUUAAUGUUGCAUCUAGAUCAGCACCAACAGGUGCCCGAAUUUGGAUACUUUGCUGUUGUAAAUUCCUUUUCUGUGGUGGUCCAUUGUUGCGUCAGCAAGACAAUGAGCAAAUUUAUCUCAAAGAUGUUUCCAAUAUGCAAAUAUUUGGGUUCAUAAUUUGAACAGAACAUCCCUCAACUGACAAGUGUCUUCCUG